AUGGUCACGGCAAGUCCUAAAACCACGCAGAUUCUCAUCAUCUUAUUCGUUACAUUUGGAAGUUUGACAUACGGCUACUCGUCUAGCAUCAUCGGCACGACUCUGGGACAGCCAUCCUUCAUCGCGUAUUUUGAGCUUGCUUCGCGCAAAAACGCAACACAGUUGGAAGGUGCUAUCAAUGGUCUCUUCCAAGCUGGAGGUCUUAUUGGCGCCUUGUCAUGCACGCAAACAGCCGACAUUCUUGGGCGUCGGAAGGCGCUGUUCAUCGGAGCGAUCUUCGCCUUGAUUGGCGGUGCUUUACAAGCGGGAAGCGUCAACAUUGCAAUGUACAUCGCAAUGCGUUUUAUUACUGGUCUCGGAGUUGGUCAAUUGGUCACGUUAGUUCCGUUAUACCAGAGCGAGAUUGCUCCUCCUAAAAUUCGUGGUCUCCUAGUCGGCACACACGGAGUCAUAAUCUGCUUGGGUUAUGCUCUUGCCGCUUGGAUUGGGGUUGGUUUCUACUUUGUGAACGCAUCAGGAGCGCAGUGGAGAAUACCACUGGCUAUUCAAUGCGUGCCGCCUUUGUUCCUAGCUCUGGGAGUCAUGUUUAUACCAGAGUCUCCUCGAUGGUUGCUUGCACAAGAACGUGUUGAGGAAGCAUACGAGUCUUGGGUAUCUACCAAGGCGGAGGCGGCUGACCCAAACGAUGAGUUUGCGGUGAGGGAUGAAUUUAAUAUCCUCCACGCUCAACUUCUACAUGAAAUCCAAAAUGCAGGCUCUUUCAAGGACUUUUUUACUCAACCGUCCCUUCGAAAGCGGUGUGUCGUGGGUUGGCUCGUCAUGUUUGCCGGCCAGGGAACAGCAACACAAGUCAUCAAUAACUUCGGACCGUUGCUUUAUUCCCGUCUUGGCUUUGGAACAGUGCAGCAACUUGUUAUCACUGCCGGGUGGGUUACUGUUUGCCCCGUGGGUAAUUGGAUCAAUGCCAUGGUUCUAGAUAGAUUUGGGAGGACGAGAAUGCUGAUGUUCGGCUUUGCUGGCUGCGUCGUGGCGCUCAUUGGAGAGUGUAUUACGGUCAGCAUUUUCCAGAGGACCGGGGAUCCGAAGGUAGCUUCUGCCGCCGUAUUCUUUCUGUUCCUACACAUAGGCUGCUUCUCUACUUCAGUAGACGCCACGUCAUACGUUUACGCAUCAGAAAUCUUCCCGACCCCUAGGCGAGCUAAAGGAUUGUCGAUAUCGAUCUCAGGCCUGUUUACUGCAACCCUGAUUUUCCUGCAAGCAGCACCGACCGCUUUCGAGAACAUUGGGUGGAAGUACUAUCUAGUGUUCGUAAUUGUAACGUCAAUCAUGUUCUUUGUGGUGUGGGGCAUCUUUCCGGAGACAAACAAGUGCUCAUUGGAAGACAUCGCAGAGGUCUUCGGUGAUGAGGUUGAGCACCCACUGGGUACGAAAGAGGAGUUUGACCCCGCUGAGAAAGCAGCACAUGAGUAUAAUGAAGGUUCCGUGAAGGGAUAAGCACGUUUUCGCUCGUGUACAGUCCAGUCAAGAUUGUAGGCUAGUAUAGGAAUAUAGCAAUAUCCAUAGACUAGGGAAACUAUAGAACCUUUCGAUAGGACAGAU